UAGUUUAUGUUUGCUCUUGUUCUUAUCAGGCAAACCCUGCUGCGUUAUCGAAGCAGAUCGAAGACCUUUCACCUAUGAAUCAACGGCGGUUGAGUUCGAUGCACAAGUAUGCCUAUCAAUGGCUUAAACAAGCGGAAGUUGGAGCUACUGAAAGCAUACCCCUGACUGGUCUUUUCAUCCAUUGCCCAGCCACUGGUCAGGCCCAGAUCGGCGAAAUAGUCAAUAAUAAGUUCACGCCUAUGACCCCUAUUGGAUGGAUCAAAGCGUUGCAGAAAAUGGUCAUUCCCGAAGUCUCCCAAACUGUGUCAGCCCCUGCAAAUGCACCUCCUAGUGUCACGCCGACCACUGUUGCUGAUGCUCCUCCCCAUUCUAAUCCUGUUAGUCUUCCUCCAACCGCGACUGCGACGAAAUUGAAGGGUCAUGCUGAGUCGUUAGUCAACGCUCUAAACAGUGCCCAUGAACAUCCUACUACCCCUCUACCUUCUCUAAGUAGGAAGAAUUCGAACAUCACAGGCUCUCCACGUACACCCGGAGACGCAAACAGAAAGUCUCUCGCUCGGGAUGUGUUAUUUGCUUUAGGUUCCGUUAGGGAAAAGCGCCAGCGCGAGAGCUUUGGUGAAAGUGAUGGGCGGACAGCGAAGCGGACGGCGUUAUCGGACAUACCUGUUCCCGUUGCUCAAUCAACAGUGAGCAGCAAUCAACCCCCCAUGGUUUCUUCUUUCCCAGUUCAGGCACCCGCGUUCAAUUAUCAGCAUCCCUCAGUCAUUAGCCAGCCAGCUGUACCACAACUACCUUCUGAUCAGAGCAACGCCGCCCGCCAAGAUAAACCUAAUGAUGUCAUCAGUGCUGUUCCCUCACACCAUGCAGGACCUUCUUCUAAGGCGAAUGUCGAUCCCGACGCUGCACCGGUGGUGACCAAGCCGUCGAAAUUUGUGAUGGAGAAUAUUCCAGUAGCUGGUCCUUCACGCUUUGUUGGCCGAAUUUCACAGGCAAUUACCAAUUUCAAUACGGCCAUAACUUCCUCGACGUUACAAACUGCACCGGUUGCAAGUCCUCCGAAACUCGCACCCAUAUCCAUAUCGCAAAAUCGUCUCAUCCCUGAACAAUUACCUGCACGAUCACCUCCAAAAGUGAAUGUCACUCCAUUAUUUCUGCCUGAAACCCCGUCCCCGCCUACAUCUCCACCUCCCAUUCCCAACAUGGAUGAGGAGUCUCUCUGCCUCGCAGAGUCUGUCACAGUGCGCGGUUCCGAUAUUGAACAUGUAGAUGACUUUCGGGCGGGGAAAGGUCAAAAAGUGACCGUGGUCGAUUGUGUACAAGUACCUUCAGCUCCGGGUUGGGUCAAGCGUGAUCUUGCGCGUCGCAUGAGGAAGUCCAAAGAAAGGCAAGAGGAAGAGGAGCAAGCGGAGAUAGAAAGUGUCAUAGAGAUCUUAGAUUCGGACGAGGAGCCAGAGCCACGAAAAACAAAAGAAAAAUAUUCGCGACGGAGUCAAUCCAGUCGAGAAGCAUCCGAUUUCCUUCUCCCUACACCCGUACGAGAUCCGCAGGAGCUUGCGGCAUUGAAGAAGUCCAUUACAAGACUACAUGAGUGCAUGUGUAAGUGGGGAGGAUGCGAAGUAAUAUUGAGUAGCACCGAAAAGUUGGGGCAACACAUGAGAAAUCAUGUGGUAGAAUCGCAACAGGACAAAUAUGGGGUGAAUUUAUACCAUUCCCCGGAAACCUUCUCCUGAUUGUGUUCUUCAAGAAUCCCAUACUUUGUAAAAUUUGUGGAAAGCAUGAAGCUCAGAAUCCAGAUCAUGUCGAAAAUCAUGCCUAUCAUCAGUUGUGCUGUCCGUAUGAAGGAUGUGACGAGAGUUUUCGCUCGUCUAGGAAACUUUCACAACAUAGCCUCAAAUACCAUUGCGACGAUCAGUUACGACCGUCCGCAGAGCCUUACUUUCCUUUCCAACCCGCAUCACCACCUGAUAUCCCUUCUACCCUGCCUUCCUAUAUGGUCGUCGCUAGGGCAGUUACGCCUCAUCCUAUAUCAGCACAACGGCAUCAAGUAUUAGGACCUUGGGUGAGUGUCUAGUAGAAUUAUUUUCUCCUCCAAAGUGAAGUAAUGUAUUC